GACACAUCACGAGCAUCAUCUGCAUAAUCUUUAUCUUCGCCGUAACCAGCGCUAAAGACGAGAAACCCUGAAGAUUAAAUGGUUAUUGUCAAAAGCGCAAAAAUAUUUUGACGUGUUUCGAUGCGUUUUUGCCUCUUUCUGUCAUCUACAAACUCUUUUGAGUGGCAUCAUCGGCGCGAGCACGGAAUAAACAGUCUGAUGUCCGAUAUUUUACUAUGGUAUUAUUUGAUUCAAAGAAUGACUGAUCUGUGAGGCUUAAGUCUAUAAGCAUUUAGUCCACUUCUCUUCAGACCUUUUCACCAGUUAAUACUGAUUUCGACUGGACACUACAUUGCUCAAAUGGACCUCCAUCGGACUGCCUUUAAGAUGGAGAACUCCUCCUACAUGCCCGGCCCGCUGACCUCCCCUGCCCUUAUGGUCCUGGCCUCAACAGCCGAAGCCGGACGUGAUGCCUCGGUACCCUGCCAGCCACCCCGGCCGUUUGGAGUGCCGGUCACUUUGGAAAAAGACAUUCAUCUCCCAUUCCCCAGUGGUUCUUACACCUUCGCCUCCAUGUACCAUCGGCAAGGAGGUUUUCCUCCUCGAGACUUCCCCACUCCUCUUCUCCACCUUCAUCCACAGUUUGCUCCACACAACUUGGACUGCUCACCACUGGGUAUGCUUAACCACGGAGGCGUAGGGGCCUUCCGGCCAUUCUCAUCCCCACCCGAGGAGCGUGAUGGAGGGGGAUACCAGUCCGCUUUCCUACCUGCCAAGCGUUUAAAGGGCUGUCUGGAACCAGAGGCAGCACUCCACCUUCGCUACACAGAUGUGGAGGUGAAAGAGUUCGACUUUGGGGGUGCUCAUGUGCCGGCCGGUUCUCCGAGUGCACUGAAGGUAGCUGAGGAUGUUGGGAAGAAGCUCUUCAGCUUGUCUGGGCUGUUAGCAAAUGCGCAGACUUCUUCCGGCACUGAGGAGCACAAAGAAUCAAGUAAAGUGAAGAGCGUGUAUGAUGCUCAGACACCCAUGUGUCCGAUCUGUCAGACUGUGCUGCGGCCGAGAGAGCUACAGGAACACAUGGAGCAAGAAAUGGAGCGUCUUAUGCAGCUACACAACUGUCAGGGUCUCGCUCAAAAGGAGUUUCUCUCCGCUGGGCCGCCUAAGUCUCUGUUCUCUAUGCACAUAAAGAGAGAAGGUUCCUCGUCCGCCUCCUCUCCGCGGCCCGCCGAUGAGGCUUUGCACUCUGACAGGUACCAGACGUUUUUGCGAGUACGAGCAAACAGGCAAACACGACUCAAUGCACGCAUCGGUAAACUGAAAAGACGGAAAGCAGAGGAAGAUCAGAGAGACGGUCUGAGUUGUGUUGAGGAUGGCUCUGUGCUGUCAGCCGGCAGUGAGUUUGAAUGGGGAGAACCGAGAAGACUACAGAUGGUUUCUGUUCUCAGAGGCUUCAGAGGUUUGGUAAGCAGCACGUUGAAGGAUCAUCAGGACAGCGAUGCAGAUCUGGACGUGGAUGGAGAUGAUACUCUUGAAUAUGGAAAAGCACAAUACACGGAAGCAGAUGUGAUUACCUGUUCAGAAAAUCAACCCAGAGAUGCAGAAGAACGGCAGGCGCUAAGAGGAGUUGUUUUAAAUGGAGACACGGCCAGCAUGUUAUCUCCAGAGCAAACCAAGCCAGCAAUCUCAGAAACUCCAACUACCAGUAAUGAAGAGUUUGACAACAAUCCAAGCACAACAUCUCCAAGAACCUGCAAGAACAGCGAGUUAGAGAACGUAUCGGAUGACCCCUCCCUCGGAACACUUGAGGCACUAAAAACACGGAUCAGAGAUCUAGAGAAGCAGCUCACACGAGGUGACAGGUUCAAGUGUCUCAUAUGUAUGGAUUCAUACACUGUGCCUCUGACGUCUAUCCAGUGCUGGCAUGUCCACUGUGAGGAAUGUUGGCUUCGCACUCUGGGAGCAAAGAAGCUUUGCCCACAGUGCAACACCAUCACCUCACCUGGAGACCUGAGACGAGUGUAUUUGUGAUGGACCCCUGAGAUAUGGGUGUCUUGUCAUCUGCCUGUUUGCACUCCACACAAACUUUAACCGAACAGAGCCCUUCUGGGCCGAUGCAGUGCUUAUUGCCCCACAGAGGAAUGAAUGCUGAAACUGUUGGAACGCAGUUAGAUGAAGACCACUGUGAGCAGUUUUCAUUUCUUGAUGAAAUGGUUUUAAGUUUUAUGGUUUAAAUCUUCACAAAUGUUGUGUUGUAACAGUAUUGUAAGGAUGGUUAAACAGAAUGGUGGUGAUUCUAUGUAUAAAACCUUGUUUUGAUCUUUAAUAAAAUGUUGUUUUAAGUUAUUCUCAGAUAUAACGCAAUCUGUGAAUGUUUUCAGAAAACACUGAAGUUUUUUUCUAAAUUGAAUCUGGCAUUCAUAACUGUGUUUGGUGAAGAAUGUGCGAAAAGCAAUGAAUCUUGUACAUUCAUUUUCCAUAUUUCUGUGACUGUAUAGUUUAUUUUUCCAUAAAGCAGAUCUCUAAGCGAGAUGGGUCUUUUAAAUAUGGAUAAAUUAACUUAUUUGGCCUUUGAGGUGAUAUAAUGUUUAUCUCAUACAUUUGUUUGUUUAAUGAUCCCGUUAGGCUUGGUAUGCUUAAAAUGACAGAGAUAAGAGAUUAAAUGAUGCAAAAUUUAAAAAACAUAAAGUUUAAAAUGGAAUUCACUCUUUAAUUCAUUUUGAAGGUACUUUAUUGGCAUAUUGUGCAUAGUUACAAUAUUGCCAAAUCAUUUUACAUAAACAAGUAAUGACAAAAAAUAUAUAUAGCGAGUGAAAGAUUGACAAAUGCAUAAUUUUGGCAAAAAGUUUACACACUUAGAGUAACUACCACAUGAUCCAUAAACAGAUAAACAGAUUGUCCUCUGUAUAUUUUCUAGAUUUUUUAAACAAAGGUGAUUGUGUAGAUCUGUCUUCAUUCCUGGAAUGAAUUUCAUUGAUAUUUAACCCUGACAGGUGAUUGGCAGAUUGCUAUUGCAGUAAUACUUAUUUUAUGUACAGCGGAGCUACAAUGAAUAGCGAAUGCUGCCCUCUGGCUAGCUGGUUGGGUUGCACGACAUGGACAUUGUGUUCAGUUUGACUGAGGACCAAUUGACAUUGAGUAAUGCGUUUGUGACUUUAGGAAUUAAGAGGAGUUAUGUUUCCUUUCAUGGUAUUUUAGCAAUAGUUUUGUUACUGUUAAGUCUCUCUAGUCCAGUUACAACAAGCAACUGAAAAAUAGUGAAGCACUUUUGUUAGCUUUCUGAAAUAAAUAGACUGAAACAUAAAACCAGCUUUGUUUUAUGAUGAUGUAUUUUGUACAGAUUCAUCUGUUUCUCUUUGACAAAAAAUAAACUAAAGUUGUUG